CUCCAGGCAGCGGAUGUAGCAGCAGCAGCAGCAGUCUACAGUAACAUACUAACUACAUCGGCAACCAUGUAGCUCCGAGAGCGACAAUAUCUCCUCCCGACGAGCUAAAGAAGCAUGUCCUCAUAUGUAUUCAGGUCGUAAAAAAGUUACAGUGUAUCAAAAUGUGUUUGUGCAGAUAACCGGACGCUCGGACGGACAUUACGAGGCGGAGGAGUCGAGUGUGAAGCCGCAGCCUGCAGAGCGGAGAGGCUCUACAUCUGCCUGGACGGGUGGAAGGAGACGGAGGGCGACUAGUCACAUUUAUUAGCCGGCUUUGGCGUGUUAUCAGCGGUUUAAAUGACUGCACUUGUCCGGUUAGCCUGCUGUCGACUCGGGGGAAGGGCGUGUAACGUUAACGGAUACCGGGGCUUGUAGUUGUCUGGCUCUCCGCGUUACCGCCCCGUUUUUUCUCUCUCGCGCAGCAACGUUAACAGCUCAGCCAGGAGAGGAAGGCUGAAGAAGACACAGUUUGGACUGUAUAAGCAGAACCUGCUCACACCACCACCACAACCAUGGGGAAUACGACCUCCUGCUGCGUGUCCUCCAGCCCCAAACACCGGAGGAACAACCACUCCAGGCUGGAGCCCUACCGGCCGGAACCGGAGCUGAGCCGAGAGGACACGGGCUGCAACCUGCAGCACAUCAGCGACAGAGAGAACCUGGACGAUCUGCCCAUGGAGUAUAAUCCGUCAGAUCAUCCCCGGGCCAGCACCAUCUUCCUCAGCAAGUCCCAGACUGACGGUGAGCAUUUUGCUGUGCCCAACAAGAGAGUUCGAGAAAAACGAAAGAGCCUUUACAUCAACCAUUUCACACACAUUUCGGAGAACAAGCAUCAUCAAGGCCCGGUGAGACGGAAGUACAGCUCAUGUUCCACCAUAUUCCUCGAUGACAGCACCGUCAGUCAGCCCAACCUCAAAUACACCAUCAAAUGCGUAGCCCUCGCAAUAUACUACCACAUAAAGAACAGGGAUGUCGACGGAAGAAUGUUGAUAGACAUUUUCGAUGAGAAACUGCACCCGCUCACGAAGUCUGAACUUCCUCCUGAUUAUGAGAAACACGACCCUGAGCAGAAGCAGAUCUACCGCUUUGUCAGGACGCUGUUCAGCGCCGCACAGCUCACCGCUGAGUGUGCCAUUGUCACCUUGGUGUAUUUGGAGAGGCUCUUGACCUACGCUGAGAUCGACAUUUGCCCGCUCAACUGGAAGCGGAUCGUGCUAGGAGCGAUCCUCCUGGCAUCGAAGGUGUGGGACGACCAGGCGGUCUGGAACGUGGACUACUGCCAAAUUCUCAAGGAUAUCACUGUGGAGGACAUGAAUGAGCUGGAGCGUCAGUUUCUGGAGCUGCUGCAGUUCAACAUCAACGUGCCGUCCAGCGUCUACGCCAAGUAUUACUUCGACCUGCGCUCCCUGGCCGAGGCCAACAACCUCAGCUUCCCACUGGAGCCCCUCAGCAGGGAGAAGGCUCAGAAACUAGAGGCCAUCUCGCGGUUGUGCGAUGACAUAUACAAAGACUUGAGGAAACACGCGAAGAAGCGGUCAGUGAGUGCAGACAACCUGACGGUGGUGCGGUGGUGUCCAGCCAUCAUUUCCUAACACCGCCUGCAGCACGGAGACAGACCUGUCCGACAUACUGUACUGUAUAUCUGCCUGGUAAGCAGGCAAACCAGAGGGGGUGGGGGGGCAGCAGUCCUGUGGAUCAACACACACACACACACACACACAAACUCACACACACACAAUCUGGCACUUUUACAAGUGUGAGUGUGCACCCUCUCUGGUUGUUGUACAUAAGAGAAGUUCAACUGGCUGCCUGCACUGAACCAAACAGAGCUGAGCUGAACCAAACUCAAGUGUGUGAGUGAACGUUGUUGGAAUGAAGACCUCGACCGCAGAAGAAGAGGCCAAACAGAAAUACAGCUGGCAAUAUAUAUCUAUAUAUAGAUAUAUGUAUAUAUAUCUAUAUAUAUGAGAGACUGUGUGAAGAAAAAGAAAAUAGGAAAAAGCGAUUAAUGCGAAAGACAACAGGCGACAACAGCGUUCCAUGAUUCCCUCUGAGGCUCCACUCGCUUUUUCGGCUGAUGGAGGGAGGCCGUGUACAUUCCUUUCAUUUGAAUCUUCUGUUUCACUCACUUUCUGAGCUGAAGCAUGAUUUUUUUUUUUUUUGACAGGCACAUUUUAAAAAAUUGAAAUGCUCAAUUCCUCAAUUCCUCAAUUUGUUUCAUUGUUUUUGCUGGUGUUGAUCUGUUCUUUUGCAUUCCCAUCCAGCAGAAACAUCUGCGAGCAGAUCACACAAAAGGAGAGACAUUCCACCGUUACCUUGAGUGUACAGUUCAUCCAGUUGACUGGACUACAUAUCAUCGUAUUCAUUCACGCUAUAGCCAUUUAAUCGAGGUUCUCAUUCGGAGAGCUAACUAUUGAAAAAGCAAGUGCAGGGGGCGCUCUGACAGGACCGGGGGAUUCAACGUGUACCAUUAUACAGUUCCAGUUGCUCUUACAGUAACAUCCAGAUACAGCUGUUCACUUAAAGCAAUACUCAUGCAUUGCUUUGUUGUUGUGGUUAAAUACGAUGACGCAUGCAUACUCGGGAGGAGACCGACUGGAAGACAGUGGUCCACUACUCUCAGUCAGACGUGAGACAUACUGUAGAGCUUAUGUUAAUUCACUGCCAUUGUCCUGACCUGUGGUGCCUGUAAUAAGCUACUUUAACUCUCCCCUUUCUACCGGAGGAAAUAGAACAAAUAACUGAAGUAUUUUUUUUUUCUUUAACAUUUUGUAUGGUUCUUCCAGCUUACAAAGAAACAGCACAAAUAACGGAUUAUUGACAUUUAAGAGCCACUAAACGCAUGAUUUUUUUCAGGGUUGUUUUGUGUAGUUCUGGAGAGAACCCAAAUGAGUGGAGAAAAAAAAGCAUCAUUAGUGACGACUCAAACACUGCUACUAAAAAGAUAGAUUGUAUACGUUUUGCUAAAUUGUCUCUGUACAGUGUAAAUACAGCGCCGGUGUGCAAAAUCUGUAGACUGAGGUUGUACUGUAAAAAAAAACAAAAAAACAACAACAGAAUAAUGUUAGAAUAUUUAUAUUGGAUCAGUUUUUACUGUACACGAUGCAGGAUGGUAAAUAUGUUGGAUUCCUAUGACAAAUCAAGUUAAAACAAAGUGUUACGAUUUAAAUGGGAGACGCCACUUAAUAUGUUUUGUCUGUUUUCUUGUUACGCUGUUUUCACACUGCAGAAAAUGCCAAGUUUUUUUUUGUGUUACAUACUGUAUAUGGUAUAUAGAUAAUACGAGGCAAUUCAGGCUUAUUUUGAUAUUUGUUGUCAUUUUUCAGAUUUUGUUUUUAACCCCACUCUGUUGAAGCAUUGCUAGAUUCAUGUUCUUAUUUCUUUCCAUAAAUUACACAAUUUCGUAAAAGGUUAACAGGCAUGUGCAGUAUAACUGAAUACACCAUUAAAUAGUAUUGUUAAUUAAAUAAUUUGAAUAGAGUAAAAAGAGCUUUCUAGUUUUCCUUCAUCCUCCAAUCCGUUGGUUAAAAAAAAAAAAAACUUUUAUGUUUUUUUCCUCAAUCAGUGGAACUUAAUUUAUUUUUCUCUUUAUCUUUCACUAGUUCAUUACAUUUGUUUUGGUCUUGGCACACAUUAAAUCAUUUCCUAUUUCCCCUAAGCAACAUUUCCUUGUCCUCACCACAUUUUUAAUUUGCCAGUUUUAUAGACGUCUCUUUUAUGAUGGAGGACUAUUGGACAAAAAAAUGCUUUUUGGGUAACGGGGGGGAGAGGUUUCUGUUUCUGUUGCAGACAAAGAGACACUGCGAGUUGUUUCGAUAGGUCUUUUUCACAGAAGACAUUUUGACUUGUCACAGCAGGAAAAACACUGGUGUAAAUAAGGAAAUUAAUGAUGUCUGAAUUCCAUUUAGCUGCUUUGAUUUCAGGUUUCCUGAUAUUGUGCAUGCUGGCUCACUGUCACUGGAACACUAGUAUAGAACAGGCCCUGGACAUACAUGGAUACACCAAUCUCAUUUUCUGCAUUAUGAAAAUGGAAAUACGGCGAGGUAAAUGGGAACUGUUGUGUGGGGAAAAUAGGGAGGAGAUAAAUGAUUAAAUGUGUGCCCAAGACCAAACAAUUGGAAAAUGAAGGAGUUGAAAAAUAAAAAUGAGUCGGUGAAAGAAAAAUAAAUCAAGUUUGGGGGUUAUUUUAUCAACUGAUUGGAGGUUCGAGGACAAUCUAAAGCUUUAUAUUUAUUUUUUAUUUAACAAACCAUAUUAUUUAUUGAUGUUUUGUGAUAUAUCUUUGACUUUUCUGAUAACCUUUUCCAAUGUUUUGUCAGUUUCGGGGCUCCACGGUUUCUUGUAUUUACUGGAAAUAAUUGAAACUGUCAUAAACGGUUUUCUCAUGAACAAAUCACUUCCUGAUUUGCUCCUUUCUUGACAUUUCUUAAAUCAGAAAUAGGAAAAUGUACAGGGAUGUAGUAGAGGGUGAACCUAUAAAAUCAUUGGUUUAAUUAUUGACACUUGAGUGGACUGAUAAAAGUGUGAAAUAAUGCUUUUCUAAUAUAUAUAUAAACUUUAUAAUAGUGGUUGUUUGCCUUAUGAUCAACUGGACUCACAUUUUCCUCCACUACAUCAUUGAAUAGACAGUAAACGGUUUGCUUAUAAAUAUCAUGACAUAACCUGAAAAAUGUCUGAAAAGGGCACAAAAAAAGCAUUUUUCAUCAUAACACAAAAGGUCAGUUGAAGGUCCAAUUUUUACACGUGACAUCAGCAUGCCCUCCUUCAAGCCUCUUCCUUAUUUUGUGCACUCCACGUCUGUGAUUUAAGUUCAGUUGUUUGUCGAGCUACUAGAGAAUCAGUCAGUCAGUCCGGUCCGUGAGAUUUCCAACCCUGAGCAGCGGGUGUGAGACGGGACAGAACCGAACCAAAGUGGUGGAGAAAAUGAAGGACGAUCCUGUUGGAUGUGUUGCUCUGACCCAGCCCACACUUGCACAUGAAGUAUAUAUAAAAAACUAGGUGUUGGGUCUUGAGAAAGAGAACUGUUGUCUUUGCAUGGUGCUUUGAAUGAGUGGAAAAUGUGUCUUUAGGAAAGUAACGUUACUGGAGUUGCUGUUGUGAGUUCAAACUGUUAGAGGUAUUCAAAGAUUGUAUAUCCUAUUUAUUGUAUGUGUGUGCAUACAGCCCAGUCUGGUGUUUUCCUAGACCCAGAAGUAUAAGCAACUAUGAGUCCUGAGGUGGAAAAUGUACUCCCGACAGCAAAGACCACGGGCCGUGGCGUCCUGUCGGCUGGUUACUAGGUGUGUGUGUCAUAGCCUUGUGCACUGAACUCUACCUCUGCAUAGAGUUUUACCUUUUCUCUUCAUUUUUCUUCCUCUCUUCGACGACAAUUUUCACACAUUCAGCUUCGAUCAUGACGAUUUCCCGUGCUAACAUCAGUCAACUGCUGUAGCCGUGACAUGUUUUUCUUGUUUUUUUCAUCGAUUGAUAUUUUCAACAUGUCGUGCUGUAUUCUGUUGUUAUUCUUGUUAUUGUCAGCGUAUUAUUUUCUUUUCAGUGAGUCAUUCUGUUCCCGUUCUCAGUUUGCCAAACUCUCUGUUCUCUCUUUUUCUCUGUACGUUUUCAACUAUGAUUUAAAGAACUGCUCCCGAUUCUUCUCUUCUGAAGCAAUGUUUAGAAAAACCUGUGCAAGAAUUAAACUUUCAGACCUUGCAAUAAA